AUGGAUGGAGACACUGUAGGGGCGGAUGGAGACACUGCAUGGACGGAUGGAGACACUUCAGGGACGGAUGGAGACACUGAUGGGACGGACGGAGACACUGAUGGGACGGAAGGAGACACUGGGGAGACGGAUGGAGACAGUGGAGAAACGGGUGUAGAAACUGACGGGACGGGCGGAGACACUGUUGGGAAGGAUGGAGACACUGUGGGGGAGGAUGGAGACACUGACGGGACGGGCGGAGGCACUGAUGGGACGGACGGAGACACUGAUGGGACGGUUGGAGACACUGGAGAGACGGAUGGAGACGGUGGAGAAACGGGUCUAGAAACUGACGGGACGGGCGGAGACACUGGUGGGAAGGAUGGAGACACUGUGGGGGAGGAUGGAGACACUGACGGGACGGGCGGAGGCACUGAUGGGACCGAUGGAGACACUGACGGGACGGUUGGAGACACUGACGGGACCGAUGGAGACACUGACGGGGCGGUUGGAGACACUGACGGGACCGAUGGAGACACUGACGGGACAGUUGGAGACACUGACGGGACCGAUGGAGACACUGACGGGACGGACAGAGACACUGAAGAGACGGAUGGAGACACUGACGGGACGGUUGGAGACACUGACGGGACCGAUGGAGACACUGAUGGGACGGUUGGAGACACUGACGGUACCAAUGGAGACACUGAUGGGACGGUUGGAGGCACUGACGGGACCGAUGGAGACACCGUCGCGACCGUUGAAGACACUUUAGCGACGGAUGAAGAAAUCGAAACUUUAGAGGAUGAAGGCACAGAUGGAAACAUUGUAUGGACAGAUGCAGACGCCGAAGACGCUGAUGUGUUCUUGACUGAAACAACAGAAAAAAGGGGACAAGACUUUGAUGAGUUUGAAGACCUCGCUAAGACUUUAAACAAUGAAACGGUUCGUUUUGCUUAA